AUGGAUGGAAGUGAUAAGCGCAAGCUGAUGGUUAUAGGGAAAAGUGCUAAACCUCGUUGUUUCAAAAAUGUUAAUUUAUUGCCAGUAACAUAUGAAAGUAACAAAAGAGCGUGGAUGACAAGUGAAUUGUUCGCUUCCUGGCUACGAAAAUGGGACAAUGAACUGAAAUUGAAAAAUGAUAAAAUAUUGUUGAUGGUAGAUAACUGUCCAGCACAUCCACAUGUUGAAAAUCUUACAUUUAUAAAGUUGGUGUUCCUCCCGCCUAAUACAACAUCUGUUUUGCAACCCUUGGAUCAAGGUGUUAUAAGGUCUCUGAAAGUCAACUAUCGGAAACGUCUCAUUCUACAAAUCAUUCAAGAUUUGGAUGAAGGAUGUGAAACAAAAGUCUCUGUACUCGACGCAAUUACAAUGUUAGAAAGAGCUUGGAAUGAAGUCACAUCCAUUACAGUGAAAAACUGUUUCAGACAUGCAGGAUUUUUAAUGCAGUCUGAUAACAUUAUUGAAUCUGCAUGCACAGAAGAGUCGUUACAAGAAUGGGGGAGAAGUUUGGCUCAACCAGUGUCUCAGGAUUUCUUUGAAGAGUAUGAAGAAGUAGACAAGGAUUUGGAAACGAUGGCAGCUGUAAGUGAUGAGGAAUUGCUGACUUCGACUUUGAGAGAAGAAGACGACGUUACAAACACUGAGAAAGACAAUGAUAAUGAUGAGGAAAUCAAUCCACCAACACUGACUGAAGCUUGUAAAGCGAUCAAGACAAUUUGCCAAUUUCUUAGUGUCACAAAUACAGCAGAUGAAGCAACAAAAAAUGUUCUAUUUAAUCUAGAGAAACAGUUUCAAACAUCGUACUACAAUUCAAAGUGCAAAAAACAAACGAAAAUUACAGACUUUUUGAAAAAGACCUAAUUUUAACAUUUUUUUGAGUUCAAUUUUUUCUUAUUUUGAGUUCAAGUU